GAAGCUGGUUUUGGAGCUGACAUCGGGAUGGAGAAGUUCUUCAACAUCAAAUGUCAGGCUUCAGGGCUGAGACCAAAUGUGGUGGUGCUUGUUGCAACUGUCCGAGCGCUAAAGAUGCAUGGCGGUGGACCAAAUGUGUCAGCAGGUGCACCUCUUCCCAGAGAGUACAUUGAUGAGAACCUGAGCCUCGUUGCAGGUGGUUGCCAUAGCAAUCUCAGGAAGCAGAUCCAAAUAGCGCACCUUUUUGGGGUACCAGUAGUGGUGGCGCUCAAUGUCUUCAAGACAGACACUCAGGCAGAGAUCGAUCAGGUUUGUCAGAUAGCCAAAGAGUGCGGAGCAUCAGACGCUGUGCCGUGUCACCACUGGGCGCAGGGCGGGCGAGGAUCCAUAGAGCUCGCCCAGGCUGUGAAAGAGGCUUCCAGCAGACCCAGUGACUUCAAGUUCCUCUACCACAAAGAGAUGCCAAUAGUGGAGAAGAUCAGAACAAUUGCCCAGAGAGUGUAUGGAGCUGAUGACAUCGAGCUGUCUCCAGAGGCGGAGGCCAAGAUAGAUUACUACAAUCAACAGGGUUAUGGUUCAUUGCCUAUCUGCAUGGCCAAGACUCACCUGUCCCUGUCACACAUGCCUGACAAGAAGGGUGUUCCAACAGGAUUUGUUUUGCCAAUCAGAGAUGUUCGCGCCAGUAUCGGGGCUGGCUUCAUCUACCCACUUGUGGGAACGAUGAGCACCAUGCCUGGUCUACCCACCCGGCCCUGUUUCUAUGACAUUGACCUUGACCCGGUCACAGAGGAGAUCACUGGGCUCUUCUGAGCAUCCUACACUAAAGAAAAACAUUCAGGACCCACCGCUCUUUCCAGACACCUUUUAACUUCCUGCACAUCACAUGAACAUGUUCUGGAAAGCAAGAAACGCAUCACUGAAGCCUUAGCUUAAUGCUGUAUUUGCACAUCUUGUGUCAUAUGCCAAAGAAGACAUGCAGCUGUAUUGUGCGUGUCAUAUAUGCUGUAUGUGUGAAUCCUCUCUGUACGAUGUUUACUGUGCAUAGAGAGUCGGUGUAUGCAAACAAUCUUGAAUUAAAUUUAAUUCUAACUUUUCAUAAACUUAUAAUUCCAUUAAUUUCUUGUGUGUUAAAUAAUUAACUGAGAAAUCGUACAAUGACGCUACAUGUUGAAACAUGUCUUAAGCUUUUCAACUGAAAAGGGGGCAGCUUGUUUAUUUACUUACAUGAACUGAAUUGCUGUUAUACGCACAGAAAGUUAUUACGUUGGUUAUGUAAACUUGAGUAUCCUAUCCUGCUGGAUGCAGCUCUACUACCUUAGAAUAAUAAAAGUAUGACUUCAGUAAAUGUUUUAUAAAGAUUGUUUAAGUGUAGCAUUUUAUGGGAGGCACAGUUACAUAUCCAGCCUGACAGUGAAACUUGUUUUUGGAGCAUUCAUUAACACAUUUGUUAUUUUUAAUUGCCUUAACAAUAACCUUAAACAGCUCAUUCAAUGUUUGGUCUUCACUGUGACAAAGAAAUACCUCUUCUAGAAUCUCUUGAGGUUAAUGCUUUAUAUCGUAAAUGUUUACAAUGUUUUGUGUUUGUGGUCUCUGAUGUAUAACCUCUUUACUUUUCACACUUUUGUCCCUGCUCGUACAGUUUCAGCUGGCCAUGUUAUCAUAAUCUUGUUUUGAUUAUCACAUAGAAACAUGAUUAACGUCCAGUGUCUGUGUGUCCUGACCCGUCACUUGAUGCGAUUAUGUAGUGACUGAAACACAAUUGAGUAACGGAAGCUAUUGUUUUAUCUGAGCUAAGUGAAGCUAAGUUUUGUUGUACAAGCUCUACAACAGAUUGAAUGGUAAAUAAAUAAAUAAAUGAAAAAUGUAUUGUUUUUCUCAUUGUAUGUUUAACAUUUUGGUUCUCAGAGGUCAAAGGUUUGUGCCUUUUCAAAUAAACCUUUAUACUUA